UAAAAGAACUUUCAUCGAUCGACGCGUCAUCGAAGUGACGUAGUUCGUGCCAUCUGUCAAAACAAGACGAGAGUUUCGCAUAUAAAAUGCAACGAAAUUAGGUGAAAUCUUCGAAAAUACUGCCGAAAACAUGUCCGAAAGUGAACUAGAAAGUGCGAUUUCCAUUCUGCAAGUGUGUGGAACUUCAAGAAACGUUUUAAAUGCCCUCAUAUUGAUUCGACAAAAAGUGGACUGGCCCAGAGGUCAAGAAAACGUUGCCAUACUUCGCUCGAAGGGAUGCUUGAAACAACUUACGCAUAUUUUGGUUAAAUCUCCCCAUAAAAGCUGUAUAGACACGUCGUUGAGUAUUUUAGGAAAUUGCCUGAUGGACAGAGCCUGUACAAGCGAAGUGGGCUCACAACACAAUAUUUUAUCUGUUUUAAACCAACUGCUUAAAAAAUACCCGAAGGAUGACAGUAUAAAUGGAAGAACGUUAAGAAUCAUAGGCAACAUGUGUCAACAUAGAGAUCAGUGGGCUAAUAUAAUUAUAGACCGUAAACCAGCAUUGGUGGUGAAUGCAGUUGAUAUAGUUAAUCGAGCAUCUAAAGAUGAACUUUCUGAAGGUGACAAAAUAUCUGAAGCGACUAUUAUCACUUCAUUAAGGGUGUUUAGGGAAUUGCUUAAUUGUAAUACGGUAAUGACUUUAGUUAAGAACAUGGGUGUUCUGAAAGCUGUUGGGUGUUUAUUUAUAAAAUACAGUAACGAUUGGAGGGAAAACAAGACAAAUGAGAAGAUAGUUUUGGAUAUUGUUCGAGUAAUUCAUGAGUAUUCGAAAUAUAAGUAUUAUCACUCUAUAUUAGAGAUGAGGAAUACUGAAAGAGGGGAUUCGCUACUCCAUUUGACAACGGUGUUGAUUCUGGCACCGAAACGUAUAGUUAAAAUAAUUAUGAACUUCAUAAAGAGUUGCCAGUUAAAGUCUGAACUACCAGUGAAUGAGAUAUGUACAAAAUUCAUUGAAGUUUUAGAAAAUCAUUCGAUUACAGAGGAGCUUCCUAGUAAUUACACUGAAUACUUGCAGUGUUUCUGCCUAUUACUCGACCAUCCCGCUAAUAGAAAUGCCGAAAGAUGCGGCAAGGCUGUGCCGUUGCUAAUAAAAGUCCUUAAAGAACUAGAUCAACCCUCAAAUAAUGUGGUGGAAUCUUGUGUUAUGCUUUUGAAUACGCUGAACAAAUUCAAGUACGAUCCGAAAUUGUUACUGGACCAAUUACAAAACGGCAUUGUGCCAGUUUUGAUCGAGAAAUUGACCUGGUUGGUCGGCGCUCCGGACAGUUUGAACUUGAAACAUCUCAGCGAGAAAAAACGGAAGUAUUACGCUCACAGCAGUCCGAUAGUUAAAGUUAAAAAGAAGCGUAUAGAGGGUGAUCUGCCUAGGGAGUGCAUUCUAAAGUCUCCAUCGCCAUCUUCGAGCGACGAUGAAACGGAUAUGCUGUACGACAGGUUUUUGAAUCGUAUUUGCAACCGGUACGACCGAAGUCCAAGUUCCUGUUCGAAUUCUUCCGACGGUAAUCCUCCGCUGUCUUGGGGCGAAGCUAGUUCUAGUUGCAGUCCUGCACCUUCCCUAGUCGACGAAUCAGAUUCUGAUAACUAUUCACCAGUAUGUAGUGAAUCUGACGAAAGAGAUUUUCCCCUACCAAAUCCUUUGGAUGAUUAUUCAGAUCCAGCGCCUCCUGUACCAGAUUUGGACGAUUCUAUGGACAAUGACGAUACUUUAGAAGAAGUUGAAGAAUCUAACCAGGCAGUGUGCGACACUUUAAAAAUCGAACUCAUGAUGGAAAUAAUGAAACUCGUGAAGAGUUACAUUCAGCUGAAGCCCGCAGUUCCUCAACUGGUCAACCUAGAUCUGUUCAUGCAGCUCACUAAGUGCGCUUUAAAAAAUACCUACGACUUGGAAAUGUUUUGCGACCUUCUCAGCAAUCACGAGUAUAUCAUUCCUCUAAUGCAAACCGACUUCGUCCACAUCAUAUGCUCGAUUAGAGACUCUUUACCAGCUCAUGAAUUCUGCUUCAAAUGUUCAAUAAAUAACCACGUGACCGCAUCGAUUUUGAACAAAAUAUCCGAGGUGGCAGAAUCGGCAGCGGGUAGGGGUGAGAUCGCGCACAAACUGAUGAGGGGCGACAACAAAUUGAAACAGAAAAUUGUCAUGGUCAUUCCCUACAUCAUAAGAAAUCGUUCGAUUCUCGGCAAAUUCAUGCUGAACUGUGGCGGUCUUGAAAUCCUCAUGACGAUGCUUCGUCAUAGAAACGAACAAGAAAAUCGACGCAGCCUGAAGACGCUGUGUCAAAUGGCCAGCCACAGGCUCUUAAUAGCCAAUCCCAGGGAACUGUCCAACACCCUAAACAAACCGAAAAUCGUCGCCAACAAAUACAAACCUCCGGAACCGCACAAGAACAUCGUCAGCUUCGUUUUGGACGAUGAAAGUGUCGUUAAAGCCGACCGAGACUUCCUCAGUGCGAAAUCCGACUUUUUUAACGGUCUCCUCAACGGACAUUUCAAGGAAAGUACCGAGUCCGAGGUGGUACUGGCCAAAGUCGACUCGAAAAGCUUCAAAUGUCUGCUGCAUUUGUUGGAGAACGUCGAUAGAACUGAGACGAUCGAGAUAGAUUUGGACUUGGACGCUUUGCUGGACGUUAUAAUGCUGUGCGAUCGGUUUCUUUUGACAGAACUAUGUAUGGCGCUCACAGAUUCAGUGGAGCAGUACCGGAUAACCACCAAAACAGUUCCAAUGAUCUACAAUUGGAGUGUCGUGUCCGCUACAAACCUCCUAAGAGUGGAAAGCGUCGCCUACGCUCUGGUAGUCAGAGUUGACGAGAAAGAACGAUUCUCGAUGUUCGAGAAUUUGUUUCGGUUGGGUUGCAAGGAUCAGUUGUUGGAAGACAUGCAAAAUUUGCUCGUGAGGUACCUGACAUUGAGCGAUUACAACCAGAGAGUGAGGGAUUUGUAUGGGAAGAGGAAAAACAUGAAGGAUCGGAUGAGAGACCAGCUGCUGAAAGAGUAUGUUUAGUAAUUGUAAGUGUUUUGUGUAAUAAUAAUUAUUUUAAAGUCUGUGAUAUGAUAUAGUUUAAAUUAAGUAAUUGUUUAGGUGUAUAUUGACGUAUAAAUGACUUAUUUCUAUAAAAUAAUUCUAAUAAAAUAAUAAAUUUCUA